GCUGUCGGCAUCAUUUUCUACAGCCUAGCUAGUUCGUACUGUCGAACUAGUACUUGGGGGAACUCGCAGUUUGUAAUAAGAUUUCUCGGCGGAGGAGCUGAGGAAAUGGAGGCUCAGGCUUCAGUCGACAUGCCCCCACAAAAAAGAAAUGGGUCGCAGCCGAAUAAAAAGAGAAAUGCCAGGAGAAAGCAGCCGCAGCAUUCUGCUGAUAUAGUGUUCACCAAAGGCUCAUCCAUCCACACCAUGCCCUCUCUCAGCAAACAGUUGAAGGAGGUCACAGAGUGUAUCAUUGGUCUUCAGUAUGUGUGGGAGUACCGCAGCCCCAGUAAAUCUGUCCCACCCCACUACCAGUGCAAACUCUGUGUCGUCUCCCGCUUGCAGCAUGAUAUGCUUGCCCAUGUGAAAGGCUGGAAACACAGCCUCAGAUACUUGAAAAAGGUCUACCCUGACAAGGUCACCCAAGAAGAGGCAGAGGCCUAUAGAGAUCCUGCUUUAAGGAAGACAAUUAAAGAUGUUGCAGCUGAGGUGGAGAAGACAGAGGGGAGGGGACAACUCAAGGUGAUUCUGAAGGAGCCUUGUGAAGUACCUGCUUUCAAAGGACUCCGUUCUGCUGCUCCUAAAGUCACACCUCCACUGGCACCAGGGAUGGGACUAAAGGGACCACCUUUUGGUCCCAGGUUCUCUGACCAGCGGUUUCCGGGGGAGUUUCCUCACCAGGGUGGUCCUCUCUCUGACUAUCCAGUGGGAGAGUAUGGGGAGCCUGGCUUUGGAGGCUACUCAUCCAGCCAGGAUUUCCUAGACUCUGGUAUGAAUCAAAGACCUUUCCCGGAUGGUAUGGGUCCAAGACCUUUCCCAGAUGGUAUGGGUCAUCGUCCUGCUGAAGACGGUUUUGGACCAGGUGGUGGAAGGGAUGGCUAUGGAAGGAGUGGACUUCUGAAGGAGAGCCCCGGCAGGAUGUAUCCUGAUGAGUACCGGGGCAGCCAGAUGGGGAGUAACUUAAUGGACAAGCCACUGGAGAGGCCAGGAUUGAUGGGAGCAGCUCCAGAAAGUAGCAGCCUUCCUAAUACACUACUCACUUACCUGGAUACUUUCCGGAUAGAGAGUGAGAGUGACGCACAGCUGGUACUGAAGGUGACACAGAAACUAACAGAUGUGCUGAUGGAGUACAGACUGAGGAGUGUGUCCGCGGGUUCGAGUCUGAACAGCUUGUCAAUGAGCUCCACGAGCUUCUCCUCUACACCCAACAGAUUGCCAAGCGGUAGCAACCGUUACUCAAGUACACUCUCGGGUCCAUCCAGCUUCUCUGAUGGUCCACCCAGGUAUUACAAAUGACCAUCACAAGAUGUGACACCGUGAUUGUCUCAUGUCUUAUGUGUGCAUCAGUCACAACUGUCCAGGAGUUGAAAACUUUGAUUUUGUGUAAAUGUAUAUGCUGUCAUGUAUAGUUUCUUCCUGUAGUAGUCUUCCUUUUUAAUGUUUUUGACUUUUUUUUUUUUAGAAGAUUUGAUUUUAAGUUUUAUGUGCAUGUUUUCAGCACCUUCAACUAAUCUUAAGUGUAUGACCAUUGUUAAUUUUCCAUGGUCCAGUUGUAUUAAAAGUAAUGGA